GUGGCUGACUGGUGUUGACUGGAGCCAUGCAAACGACACAAGCGGCAUCGUAACCCCCCGCACGUGCAUUUGUUGACCGUGCAAUCGUUGACCGAUACAUACAAUGUAUAUCACCUGAGACCUACAUCUGUAUGUCCGCGUGUCUUUACAAAAUAUAGGAAGCUACCAGUGCAUCAAGGAAGGCAGUGUAGUUCUGAUAUCCCAGAACGUGUUUUUACAGUGUGACUAUGGUUCUAGAUAACACCAGUCUUCAUACUAACUGCAGCGAGACACAUACUGAGGGUAUCAAUGUUACCUUGAGAAAUUGUUCGUCUUCAAAUAUAACCGAUUGUUUUGGCGCUUGUAGUAACUCCACCUCCAGUGUUUUGUAUGACGUCAUAGACUUUGAUGCGUUUGCGUACAUCUUCGUGGUGCUUUCAUUCUAUGCUGUAAGUAUGGUGCUGCUUAUGAUCAAAUACAUCAGGAGAGAGGAAGAGGAAGUGUGCCUUGACUAUUACUACACGGAAUUCGUAAAGAGGGAAAAAUUUCAAAACCCUAUAUAUAAAAACAAAGUUGCGCUUCAAAACGCGACAACCUCUGGUCUUAUCGAUAAAGCGCUUCAACUGCUGCACGGAGGGGCCGGGGCCCAGCUGGGGCUAUAUCAGUGUGUCUCCGAGGACAAGAGUGAGGGAAGGUCUCAGUCUCCGGAUCAAACAUCACACCUUCAUAGCUCUGUAUCAUGUGACCUACCUGUAGAUAUCGACUCAGGUCCGAGUUCAGAGGUCCGAGUUAAUAGUUCAGAAGAUGAUGACGACAUUUUGUGUGAACCUUGUCCAGGCGACAAUCUGUUAGAAACAAUCGUAUGACGUAAAACACUUUAUUUCUACCACCCACAAUACUAAGUUACAUGUGGAGUACUGUAAAAUAGAACCUUUUCGGGUGCAGAAAUGUUCGCGGUGUGACUCUAUAAAUAGAUCGUGGUGUGGCAAUUCUCACGUAGACAGUGUUUAUAAAAAUUAUAUAUUCUAUGGAUCAAUAAUCUAUAUAUCUAUAUAAUUUAU